AUGGAGAUUGCUAUAGAUCCUUGUAGCUUUGACAACACCUUAAGGUUUCUGGAGUGGGUUGAGAUUAACUGGGAUUUGGAAGCUCCAGUCAAGGUUCAAGUCCAUACCCUCAAAUUGAAAGCAAGAUUUCUCAAAGCUUUUUUCACCUGCACAGGAAAGUGGUACAUCAACAACAAUGGCUUGAAAGCCAUCCUAAGGCAAGUUGAAGAUGUGGUCCUCAGUGCAGAUCAAGAACUUCAACCUCUCUCGUUGAAUUUGAUACCAGAUAACUUGCUUUGUUCAAUCUCAAGUGCACUAGAAAAGCUUGAUCCAAUAAAGCCACUCAUUCAAGAAGUUUAUGCUUUGGUUGCGCAGUCAACAAGAUCCAUUAGCUCAACAACUGAUGCUGUUGUGGGACUUAUUGACACUACUUUAGGCUAUCUGAAGGAUCUGCUGAAAUAUAAAGCUCAAUCAAUUGCCAAUCUGAAGAAGGAAACUGAAGCCCUUGAAGAGAAUCUGAGGUAUCUGGGAUAUUUACUAAGAGUAACUAAAAAAUACUUGCCAAGGGAGCAUGAUGACAGGUUAAGGGAUGUUCUGAUUCAUUCUGAAGCUGCAGCUGAUAGCACGGGAUGUCUUAUGUACCUGUGCUUGGACAACAAUAAGAUGGAUGAACGCAUGCUGAAUGAGGUGAAGCUUCAACUUUCUUAUCUACAGCAUAGGAUUGAAGUUAUUCUGCCAGAUGUUAGAAAGGUUUAUCUCAGAGCCUGGAAAGCUUCGAGUUCUCUACAAAAGAGUGAUUUUUCAUUGAAUGAAAUUCUUUAUCUUGAAUCUCUAGGCAAAAUUAAGGAGAUAUUGCACGUUAGUGUAAGUGUAGAAACUUGUGUGAUGCAGCGGAUCAAUGCUCUCGAGGAUGAGUUUAAAAUCCUAAGGGAUUAUCUCAUGGAUACUUCAGCUCAAGAGUACACUGAUACUCAUCCAAAAUUGAAGCAUCUGUUUCUGCAAAUCAAACAUGUUAUGGGCAGGGCGGCAUGUGUUAUUCCCUCUUUCAUUGACAAUGAUGUUGCUGAGGACACUGUUAGACAACUGGACCUUGAUGCUCGUGUUUUGCUUGAAGAGUUCAAGGUUAUCAAGCAAGAAGCUAGAGAUAUCUAUGACAGCAUAUUGCCAAAAUCCCAGAGGACCAAGUUCCCCACAACAAACGAAUUAGGCUUUGUGGAUUUUGUGAUUCAGAAUGUGAAGCAGCUGCUACACUCUAAAGAUGACUUCAUUGCUCUAUUGUGGCAUCAAAUUGAGAUGGUUCAUGAUCACAUAUUGUCUAUGAGGGGAGAUUUUAUUGAAAUUGCUAAGCAUCCAAGAGAACAUCAAGAUCUGAAAGAUCCCUGGACACGUUUCAAAGAUGUUGUGUACCAUAUAGAUUAUGUUGUCGAUUCGUUCCUCAUCAAAGAUCAACCUCUUUGGUAUCAUAAGUUGGGGCUAUUUUAUGCCAUUGAAGAUAUUAAGAUUAUAAGCAGAGAGGUCAGUGAUAUCAAAGACAGAACAAUGAAUCACGUUGCAGCCCUGAAAUUUUCCUCCAAUGUUGCCGGUAUUUCUUCACAAGCUAAUUCAGGAGAGUUUCAAGUAUUGUCACGUUCCAUUUAUGGGGCCGGAAAUGAAGCAAACAAGCCUGGUGAUUUCGUGGAACUUUUUGAGGAUGAAGCAAAAAAGAUAACGGAGCAACUCACCAAUGGUAUAAUGCCAUUGCAGAUUCUCUCAGUUGUGGGGAUGCCUGGAAUAGGUAAGACAACACUAGUUCGUUCAAUAUUUGAAAAUCCUUCCGUUCUUCUGCACUUUCAUGUCCGUGCAAGGUGUUGUGUAACUCAGGUCUAUCAGAAGAGAAGAUUGUUGCUUGAAGUUCUGCAGCAAGUUAGUAAAGUAAGUUACAAGGUACUUGGAAUGACUGACGACAGGCUGGCUCUGAAAUUAUAUCAAAGUCUAAAAGGCAAACGUUAUCUUAUAUUUGUUGAUGAUUUGUGGGAUAUUUGGCCGUGGAAUGAUAUGAAGGCUUCUUUCCCAGAUGAUAACAAUGGGAGUAGAAUUGUAUUCACAAGUCGAUUUCAUAACAUUACUUCACAAAUCACAACCAAUAGUAUCACCAUUUUUCUGAAUCCAAUAUCAGAUCUUAGUAGUUGGGAGCUCUUGCAAGUCAAGCUAUUUAAACAAGAAAGUUGCCCCCAAGAACUUUUUGGAAUUGGACAGCAAAUUGCAGCAAAUUGCAAAGGCCUACCAAUUGCUGUGGAUUUGAUAGCUGGACUACUUGGGACAAAGGACAGAAAGAAGGAAUCCUGGAAACAAAUUGCAAAUGGUUUGAAUGCUCACCUUCUUGAAGACCAAAAUGGUCAGUGCUUGGGCAUGCUAGAACUCAGUUAUGACAACUUACCAAAUCAUUUGAAGCCAUGCUUUCUUUAUUUUGGAACAUUUUGUGAGGAUAUAGAAGUCCCGACAAGUAAGUUGAUACGGUUAUGGAUUGCAGAAGGAUUUGUUGAACUGCAAAAGGAUGAUAAAGGAAGCUUAGAGGGUGCAGCUCAGAAGUAUUUGAAUGAUCUAAUUGCUAGGAGCUUAGUAAUAAUCUCCAAAAAAGGAUCUCGAGGUGGAGUUAAAGCAAGCCGUGUUCAUGAUCUCUUGCAUGAUUUUGCCUUGGCAAAAGCUAAAGAAGAGUCCUUUUUGCUAACAACCAACAGAUUUGAACAAUUAUCUUCGGUUGGUGAUUCAUUUUAUGAGCCAUAUCGUCGGUCUAUCAAUUCUGGAUCAGACUAUUUUCCCAGAAGUUCUUUGAAUCCAGCACAUUUGCCAGGAAUAACUCAAAUCCAGUUAUAUUUUGGACUCCCUCUCCCUGCCUGUCAUGUGUACCAAAAGCAUGUGGCCAUGGGAGUAAAUCCUUGUCCACGUACCCGCUCUAUAGUAUAUCGUGGGAGUAUAUUACGCAAGGUUUCAUUGAGCUUUGACAAUUUCAAGCUCCUUAGAGUGUUAGAUAUUUGGGCCAUCGAUAUCGACUAUUGUCCUAACAUAUUUGAGUUGGUUAAUCUAAGGUUCUUGUCACUCAGUCACUACAGAAGAAAGAGCAUCCCACCAGAAAUUGGCAACCUCCGGAACCUGGAAACUCUUAUGUUGGGGAAAAAUCACAAGAUUGAUGUACCAACGACUGUUUGGAACCUGGUGAAAUUGAGGCAUUUCCUGAUAAGGGGCUCUUAUACCUUGCCUCCUUGCAGUCAAGAAUUUCUAGAGAAGCCCUUCAAGUUUCAUAGCUUACAAAGCCUUUCGACGCCAGAUUUAGCAUUUGGAGAAGAUACUGAGCAGAUCAUGAGAGGCCUGUGCAAUCUUCGAAAGCUAAGUUGCAGGUUUUUGUAUUCUUGGGAUUACACUUCCAACUGCAUCCAGUUCCCAAAUUUGGACUUCCUCACCCAACUUGAAUCAUUGAAGGUGGCCUACAGGGGAAAGGCACUUCAUAAGGUUCAAUCUUGUAAGUUCAGCUUUCCUGCGAAUGUUAAAAAAUUGACAUUGUCAGGUUUUUGCUUGCCCUGGACUGAAAUUUCAAGCAUUGGGAACCUACCCAAUCUUCAAGUACUCAAAUUGUUGGAUGAUGCAUUCGAGGGGACAACAUGGGACAUGAAUGAAGGAGAAUUUCUUAAUCUCAGUUUCUUGAAAUUAGAGCGGUUGCAAUUAUUACAUUGGAAUGCUUUUGAAGAUCAUCUUCCCAGCCUCAAGACAUUAGUGCUGGUAAAUUGCAAAAAACUUGUGGAGAUUCCCCCUUGUUUAGGAGAUAUACCAACAUUGCAGAGGGUUGAAUUGCGAGGUUGCAGUCACUCUUCUAGGAGCUCACUCGGAGUAAUUAGGGAAAAGCAGAUAGAAAUGGGAAACGAGGAGCUAGAUGUCACCUUGGGGUAG